CCAACACGCUCGCACUUUACAUAAACUGCUAAAAUUUAACGCUAAAAAAAGUUAAUACGUGAAUUCUAACAAACAUUUUGGAAGAGGAUUGAGUGCUCGUGUUUUUAUAGUUUCUUUAUAAAGUCUGAUUUUUAAAUCCGUGGAAUUCGACGUUUCUGAGUGAUACCGGAAUAAAAAAGUUCCCACAUAAAUAAAUGUCAUAUUUGAUUUUAAUAAAAAAUAGAUUAUGAGUUUUAAAGACUUUAUAUCACGUUGUCUAGGGCAGCGUGAUAACUGUAGUUAAGUGCAUCAAUCCCUGAGAUUCAAUGUGGUGUUCCGGAUAAAUGUCGUCUUCGGAAGACGAGGCAGUAUGGCGCCAUCGGCGGCAGCGUAAAGAUUACCACUUCAGGAGUCUUCUAUAGAUUUUGAUGAUCCAAGCUACCUCAAGUCCAUUGGAUUAAGAAAAUUUUGCAUAAUAUCCGGUCGAAGAACAAGAACAUAAGAAGGUGUGUUUAUAAGAUGUGACAAAACCCAACAUGGCAGCCACAGACGGCCAAGUCGUGGUCGCAGCUUGCCGCUGGUCUGAUGAGGGCCACUACCUCAGAGAGUUUGCUGUCAAGAACCGCCUACCAAACGUAGCAAAGAUUAUCAAGGGACAAUAUGGAGGUCUCGGAGUGCCAACUUUACCGAGCCCAGGCUUACAAAGUACAGCGUUACUUGUUUCAGCAGGAAAAAGAAAGAAAAUCAUUGCCCAAGCUAUCAAACUAAAAGAAGGGAGACGUAUGGUUAGUGUUGGACCGAGAAUUGCCAUUCCUGAUACUUAUAAAGGCUAUUUUGAACUUUUAAGUGAAGAAGGUAGGGCUGUAAGAUGUAUAGAAUCUGUAGGUGAAUUAGCGAGAAGAAAACUAGACGACGGGUGCUUAGUGAGGGAACCGGUUAGAGUAAUAUGUGCUAAAAUUGACUUAGAUGGUAACGUGACCGCUGAUGGAGCAAGAAACUUACCAGCGGGUGAAGUUAUAAUGCCCAGAGGUGAAACCUUUUUAGGAAAAAAUAAAUAUUUGAAGUGUAGCGAUUCAAAAGGUGAUACUAUUUUGCUAAGUUUAGAUCAGAGAGGAAAGUUCUCUGCUAUCGCUAAAGAAGAGAACAUUAGCGGUGUACAUACAGCAAAAACAUUACUUACAAAACGGUUGCCAAUAACUGUGAGACUCGUACAUGGCACUCCACCUAGAGGAUUAAAGAGUGCAAGCCAUUUUGUACCAGAACUGAGGUUGUUAUCACUAUUUGAAGAAGAUCACGUUUUUGCCUUACCAUUACAAAAAGAAGGCAAUGCUUUGGUAGCAUUACCUCUCGCAGCUCCCUUAAAGAUGUUGCGAUGCAAAAAUGAAGAACAUAUAAAAAAUUUCAUGGAAUUUUCAAGAUUAGUAGAAAAAUGUAACAGGCUACUUGUAGAUGUGGUAGAUCGAAUACAUGUCCUAGAUGGUAAACUCGGAGACCCUAAAAGACUGUUAAAAGCCCCACUUCUUGCUCCACCUUUAAUAAAAACUGGUUAUUUCUUAAGAAGAAGUGCUUCAUCCGAUACUGCUAAUCAACAUAAGUAUAUAAACCGACAUAGUCACAUUUAUAGCAGUCACAGAGAUGACAACAGUAUUCCAGAUGAGUAUGAUGAAAUAGAUCAAAUAUAUGAUUACGUCAGAGGUUUCGCUCCUCUUCCGAAGAAUAUUAAAGCGUCGUAUUCGAAUGAACCAAUACGUCAUGAGUCUGCGCCCGCCUCGCCUGCAGCAACACCAAUUCACAUGCCCUUAAUAACAGAAAUUAAACCAGAACCGCCUCCCAUAGAAACGAUUCCUACGAAAAAACCUUUCAACCAAAAAGCUGAAAAGCGCACACGCAAAACUGCAGUAGCGACAAAAGAACCGCCGAUAACUGUUUAUAAAGAAAAAUGUACAAUCGCACCAGUACCAAAUUUACCCAAAUUAUAUAUUAAAAACAGUGUAAGCAACAACAAAGGAAGAAUAUUGGUCAGUCAGAAAAGUCACCCGCCGACUAAAGAGGCACCUAGUACUAGUCCGAUACGACCUUUAACAAAAGGUGAUUCUCCAAUCUUUAACAUACGUUAUAAAAGCCUUUCAAACAUUCAUCAAGCAAUGGAACUGGAUGGCACGCUAGACUCGAGCCAUUCUGGUGGAAGAACUUCUGGAGAUUCAGGCAACGGUCCAAAACUUCCAGAAAAGCGAUCUAGAAAAUUAAGCAGACCUAAGUCCCUGACGAAUUUAGUGUGGGAACUAAAAGGAUGUCCGGUGGAAACUAAUGAGAAACCAAAACCUAGAGUUAAAAAUGAGGGCUAUAAGAAGAUGGGAAAUAAGUUGUCUUUGGGGGCUCAGAAAAGAGUUCCUACGCUGUACCUUUAAUUUUUGAUCCACAUUGUCCAAACAAAAGACAAGGCGACGACCAAAAUAAGAAGAACAGCGAACGACCACGAACAGAAUCGAGUCAUAAGAAAACUUUUUGAAAAAAUCAUUCGUUUGUACUCAUAAAUAUCAAAUGUAUUUUGAUCUCCUUAAUCAAUAAUUAUUUUAUUUAUAAUAUAAUGCCAUAUUACGGUAUAAUUGAUAGUGUUUAUCGUUAUAGAAAGGGAGUUUGAAAAUAAUUAAAUAAACGUAAAGUUAAUUAAGACAUUCUUGAGUCAAACAAAUAAAAUACAGUCACUGUAAGGUUUCACCACACAAUCAUCAUAAUUCCAAGUUUAUUGAUAUAUUUGUCAAUGGCAUUCCUUCUCGUAGAGGAGAGGGCUUAAUGCCUUAACUGCCCAAUCCUCAAUUAUGAAGCUUGGAAGGUUUCACGUAGCUCUAAUGCAGCCUAAAGGGCUUCAUAUUAUUAUACCCGUACCAGUGAAUAUGACUGUUCGAACGGAAAUCGAUUAGGGGUAUGGAUUGAUAAUAACUGACUAAUAACCCUUACUCUACCUAACUCAAUACCAUCUUAGACUUUAUCAUGAUAUAAUUUCAGGUGAGAUUGCAGACAAGGGCUAACUUUUAGUGGAAUAAAAAUAAACUUAAACAUGACCAAACCCAACGUUAAUAAAGGACGUUUAAAAAGCUCAGGCUGUUUUGAUUAACUCGUUUGACUAUAGUUAUAUACUUAAAGGGUUCCAAUAGCGUUUAUAAUAAUAUGUCAUACUACUUAUUUUUAUAUAAACUUUAGUUCAUGAAAACCUGUAGAAAUACACACCAGUCUGCCUGUGACGCAGAGAUCCUCAAAACCAGUUUAAACAGAAGUUUACGUAAGCCUUAUACAGUAGAUGCUAUAUUUAACAAAAACUUUAUUUUGGCCUCCUUAAAUACAACACAUUAUGAAUUAGAAAUUGUUUAAAAUAAAUUUCAAUUAUAAAACUAAAUUAAAUAAAAAAAACUUUCCCAUGAGCACAAACUAUAAUAACUAUGUCUAAAAAUUAAAAUAAUUACCGUUUUAGACGUAACAAUUUUUACAAUAUAAUAUUUCUUUUUCGGCCGUAAAGCAUGUUUUUUUUCAUAUUUACAUAAAUAUAUUUUCACGAAAUACAAACCAAAAAAUCGAGGUGCCUUAUUAAGUAAUUAAAUCGCUUAAUGAACAUUAAUCUUCGUCGAAAUGUUUAAUCGUAAAAUAAAUUUAGGAGAAAAGUCACAAUCCUGGUAUGUUUAGUUAGAAUAGUCAUCGAUCUUUUUUUAAUAGCAUUUAAAUAUUUUUGCAAUAGUUAUAGUGAUGCUAGUUUAGAUUACAGUUUUUGCAAUACACCUAAUUUUUUUUAUAAAAAGACAGUUACUAGUAGAACCCGCUAAACUGUAACUGUUGGAUACUUAGAUACGUUACUCUGGAAAAUACGAAGCUCCUUUUUCUAAAUAUUAAGUUUGUAAUAUUUGGAAAAAGUAUUUACGCAGACUAUACUUGCGUAAACUAUUUUAUCUCACUCACUCACGUCGAUAUUUUUCUUAUACUUUCGUCAAUUAAAUUGAUUUGUCUUUGAAUAAUCGAAAUAAAUGAAAAUAGACGAACUAGAAUGUUUGUAACUACUUUUAUAAUUACCUAUUUAGACGUACCUUCAAUUAAGAGCUAAGUUAUUAUGAUAGAUCACUUGGAGGUUCAAAAUAAUUGGCUUUUUAGAUGUAAGUAAAUUUUGAAUCUUCGAUUGACUUAUCGUUUAAAUUACGGUUAAGGUGUUUUCAAUAAAUAAAGUGACUUUUUAGCAUUGAUGUAACUGUAGUUUCAAAUUAAAUUUUCGUGGUAAUUUUUUAAUAACUAAUAAGACUUUACUAUUUUCAUGUCUACGGGGCCUUUUACACGUAUCCGAAUUGACUAUGAUGAUUAUAAUUAGUCAUCAACAUCCUAUUAAGUGAAGAACUUUAAUUGUCUCUGAGCGAAGAACCCUGCUUCUUUAUUCAUGCCAUCUUUUGACCUAGUGCCUUUAAUGGGCAGUCCUAGAGAAAUAGUUUAUUAAUUUUAUAAUAUGUAUAAUAUAAUGAAUUUAAUGCUAAGACUUUUCUAAAGAAUGGAUCAGAAAACAACAUUAGGUUUUGAUUGAUUAUUUCUAAUUAUAUAUCGUCACUUCACGUCACGUUGACCACAAAUCGUUGUGCAAACAUUUCACGUUUUGAUCUCCAGUACUAAAUGGCUUGAUUUGUAAUUUGAUUAUCUCAUUGACUGAAAUUGCCUUUGCUCUUUGUUCAUUCACCAGUGCAUUUUUUUUAAUCAUUUCCCUUAAAAUAGUAAGUUUUUUUUUUGAUCGAUAAGUGUGAAAAGCCCCGAAAACUUUAAAUUUUUAAAAUUGUAUUCCAAAUUUUCCAACUAGUUGUUUGAUUCCUUGUAAUUUGAUAGGCUAUUUUUUAUCAUGCGUCAUUAAUUUAAGUUUUUAGUCUUGAUAUUGUAAU